AUGGGACUCUCCGCAUCUAGAACCACCGUAAUAUUACUCUUCUUCUUCCUCUCUCACUUUUCAUUCACCACCGCUAUCAGAAAAGAUAUCGGCUUCAAAUUAAUCCCUUCCUGCAAAAACACCGUCCAAGGCAGAUACCUUCUUUCCGAUAACAAUGGUUAUGUAUGCAAUGCUCUUUCGAUUGAUUCAAAGUCUCGAUGUUGUCCUCAAACCGGGAAGAAAUUCUCUUGUCAUGGAUGCAAUCUUCUUUCACAGUGUUGCAAUUCUUAUGAAUAUUGUGUUUCUUGCUGUCUCAAUCCUGCAUUGACACGUAAGGAACAAGUGUUGAAGAUGAAGAUUGCUAAACCUGCUACUGCAAGGAGUUAUGAAAGUAUUUUUGACUACUGCACUGGGAGAUGUCGUCAUAGUUCUGAAAGUGUGGUUCAUGAAAAUGCUUAUCUUAGUGACCUCCACCACUGCUUUUCUCUGCCAUCAAAUUCUUCUGGGGCAAAUAGUACUCUCACAGAAGCAAGGCUGAAUGGCAUCAAUGUUGUUGUUGGGAGGCAAGGUGAAUCAUGUAAUUCAGUUUGCAAAUCAAGAGGACAAUCAUGUGUCCCAAAUAAAAUUGUGGUGCUUAAUCAUUGUGACAUUAUACAGAAAUACAUGAACUGCAAAGGAUCUUGCUUGGCAAGUGUUGGGGCAGAUCAACCUUCUGAAGUAGUUUACGAUGCCCCCAAGUAUCUGAAUCCAGGAUCAUGUUUAUACACUGAAACACAAUCUAUACUUUCUUGUGACGGUUCACAUCAGCACACAAAGAGAUUGUGUCCAUGUGCUUAG